AUCAUUUGCGUGUCAAUGUAACCUGAGAAUAUCGUCCCUUCGUUCUCCUAUAAAAAGAGAGUGCUGCAUGCAAUGGGCAAGGGCCAUUAACGUUCUCUUACCAGCCAUAUGUUCUGCUCUGCCACUACUCACCAGCCGGCUCUAGCUUGUUCUAUAAUUUCCGUGCUAAUUAAAUCUCCACAUAUGUUCUUUUGUACCUACAAUUAAGCCUUCCGAUCAGCAAAUUGAGACAAAAGUCAUACAAUUUAUGCUGCUUCCAUCCUGCCCAGCAAGUCCACCUGGUCAUUUCUUGUCAUCCACGUAACAUCAGAAAAUUUUACCACCAGGUAGCCAGGGCGUAUGUGCUUGUGGAGCAGAGUUUGUGAGAGAACAUAUAUUGGGCCACCUUCAGUUCAAGCAACAAGGUUCUGUGUGCAUCUUGAGAAUUUGUGGCAACUAGUAAACCUAAGUCAUGGCAGCAUCAUUUCCAUUGGACAGAUCCACAUUGGAUAAAUGGCGUGAUCAUCUACAAGAUAUCAACUUCUGGCGGAAAGGGUAUCUCAACAGCGAUGCAUAUUAUAGCUUGCGGAAAAAACUGGUUGCCUAUAAGCACGUGCACGUGCAGUGGAAUGUCGGAGUCGGACCCACAGCAUGUUUUACACAGGCUAUAUCAAGCAUCAUUAGGGAGGAAAAGAUGAGGUUGGAUGGUCCCUUUGAUCACGUAAUAGAGGUGGACAUGGAGCAAGCAUCAUGGUCAUGGACAAGCCUCAACAUUUAUGACAGACUGGCCUUCAAAGUGGCAGAGCAGCUCGGUCUGCUUGCUCUCAACCAAGAAUACAACAGGCUCAAGGAAGAGGAUGAUGAGCUGCGGUACUAUACGUAUGGCAUAGAGCAUGGCACAGACGCACUACGGGACCUAUCAAGGUCACUAGCUUCUCAAAUCAACCAAAAGUUGUUGGGGAAGAGAUACAUACUUGCAGUUCAGAACCUAAAUUGGCCCAUCAAGAUUGAUGCUUUAACACAGAUGGUAGGCCUCCCCCCUGCUACGUGGGGGCCCUCUUUUUGGCUCGUAUCUACUACCUCCGAAUUCGUCUAUGACCAAAGCAGUUCAUCAGAUCAUGAGUGUGUUGUCCAAUCCUUAAGUGGAGAUGAUAUAUUGAUGCUUACUUUAUACUCACUGCAUCAAGCGGCUAAGCACAUAUAUGAUGUGAUCGGCGACAAAGACGAGCAGCAAUGGCACCUUGUGGCUCUCUGGUGCUUUCACUAUGCCGCCAUGCUGCUUGUUCCCUUCUCCGAUGACAUCACCGACUCCAUCUUCAAUAGUGAGGUCGUCCCCGCCUUGCCCUCUGAUAAUAAUGAGAUCGCCAUCUCCUCAUCAUCCUUGUAUGAUGAGGACGUCCCGUCCUCGCUCACUGGGCUUGAGCUCUUCCUUCGUGUUGCCAACAGGGUGGAGGGCAUCAACCCACGCAUCGCCUACCUCUGCCGCCUCUAUGCCUUCGACAAGGCUCGUCGCCUUGACCCAAGAUCUACCGGGCGAGGUGUUCAUCAGUUCAAAACCGUACUCCGACAGAGGCUCGAGAAGGAGAAUGAAGCCACACUAAAGCAUAGGAUCAAACAGAGUGACUACAGUGAACUAACUUUGUUCUGGCAGAAAUACGUGGAGAAGUCCAAGCAAGCAAUACAGCAUUGUGGUGCCCUUGUAGAGGACCUGAGUCGCUUAAAUAAAGAGUAUGAAACUACUACUGUGCUGUCUGAGGUCCUAUCUCGUUUUCGGCAGCAGCCUUCUGGUGGUAAACUGCGAAAAGAUGAUAUUAUCUCACAUAAGCAUGACCUUAUCUGUCAGUGGGCCGCCCAAGGCAUUCUGCCUACCAUCAACAGAAGUGUCCAAGAAACAACAUUUGAGGUGACAAAUAGCUACCACAGAAAAAUAAAAUUCAAUGAAGACAAUGUAUAUCAAGUUGGAAAUGCCAUCCUUGAGGCUUUUCUGGAGUACUCAUUGCUUCAGCUGCCUUUUCCUUAUGAAGCUAAAGCUGACGAUCCCACUAAGAGUGCUGCACACUUCUUAGCUUAUCAGGGCCUCAUCGCAGAGCAGCUCACUAUAGAAACUUUUGAUAGUGACUUCUUCCAGAACAUGCCUAGUCUACAGGAGCUCUUGCUUGUCGGUUGCUCCGACCUUGUGGAGUUGCCGCCCUCAAUUGUUGGGUUGUCUAGUCUAACAACACUUAAGAUCACAAGGACUCGGAUAAAGUCUUUCCAUUACUGGGAGAUAUUUAACAAGAUGAAGAAGCUCCUAUCACUUGAGCUAAUUAACGGUAUUGGUGGAUGGGAGUUCGGAACUGAGGAAGAGCUAAAACUGGAAGGACAUCCUACCCUGAGAUCGUUCUCGUUGGUAGCCGCACCCUAUAUAAGGAGAUUGUCCUUCAAUGGAUGUAGAAAGCUGGAGUCUGUGGACACUCUCGAGGAGCUUGAUGCUUUAGAGGAGCUUGAUCUUUCUGCUACAGGUAUCAAGGAGCUUCCAGCCCACAUCCCUAAUCUACCCCGGCUCCGACAGUUGCUUCUCAUAGGUGUUCCUGCUCUUAGACGCUUUCCUUGGCAUGCUCUGAAACGACUCCCAGAUAUUGUCUGCUUGGAUCAGAGCUUGGAGGGAAAUGGAGUUCAUUGCAGUCCACAAGUUGCUCAGAUGGUGAGCACCAGCAAUUCCAGAUUGUUUUAUAGCUUCUUCAGUCACAGUGCAUAUUUAGUAAGGAGUGGACACUUUUUGAAGUCUUUCUACAUUCAAGUGAAAUCAUUUAAGGCCAGAUUUAUGAAGACCAAUGACGAAGAUGACAUGGUGACCAGCAACAUGCUUCAGGUAUCGGAAUCAACCUAUGCUGAUGUAAACCAUCAGUAUCUUACAGGGGGAGUCUCUAUGCUGGUGUCAAUGGAUGACAUGCUUCCCUUCCGGGUGACCGAGCGUCAUGUGGAGAUCUCAGCAGUGGAUCGGUAUCCUGCUGGUCUAACCCAUCUUCUAGAGGUCACCAAGUCGGUAUGUAUGAUGAAUGAUACCCAUGUCACCAGCCUCAGCGGUCAUCUGAGUAAUUUCAAUGAUCUAGAGGAAUGCAAGCUCAGGCGGUGCCACCGCAUGGUUCAUGUAUUUGAGGUGGCGACAUGUCUAGGGAACAAUCUGAAGAAUGCAUGUGUCUCCUAUCUCAAAAGUCUCACCCAUUUCUACAGACCACCAUAUGGCCGUGGUGCUACUAAGUUCCGUGCACUCAAGCACAUCCGUCUGGAGCACUGCCCAAGGUUGGAGGGCUUCAUGCCAUGUGACUGUGAGCUGCCAAGCCUCGUGACACUCGACAUCCUCUUCUGCUACAACCUGAAGGCAAUAUUUUACAACAAUGGCCAUCAUUCUUCUCCUCGUCACUACCAGUUCCCUUGCCUCCAAAAGAUACGCCUCCAGGAGUUGCCACUGCUGGAGCAUCUCUACGUCAACGACGCCAUCCUCACCGCGCCCAAGUGGGAGGAGUUCCAGGUCCGUGGGUGCUGGAGCUUGCAUCGUCUGCCUCGCCUCCACCAACAACCAAACAAGACCGUGAAGGUGAGUGGGGAGCAGGCCUGGUGGGCAAAGCUACACUGGGACGACGACCAAGGUGACAACACUCCCCACCACCGCAGCUUAUACGAGCCCAGCCUGCCUCCGGCGUUCACUUUCGUCCGUGAGCACUUUGUCAUCAAAAGCUACCUCAGAUGA